AGUCCGGGAAAGUUCAUUUGUGCCGGGAGAUCAGAAUGGCCAAGCGCGAGCUAUCCAGUACUUUAAAAAACUUGAAGAUUCUUAUGGUAGACAACGUACUCCAAGAUAGUCUUUUUAUUGGAAUUUGAGCUUAGUACAAAAACAAAAGGAAUGGAAAUAGGAUUUCAGAAGAUGCACUCGGUGGAAUUUGUAUUGUUUAUGCAAAGAGUAUCAGACAACAGAGAGGAAAAAGCCAAGGAAGCUGAAGAUGACAUGCCUGCUAUACCUUCUUUAAGUGCGCGCAAAAGAUGCAUCAUCACACUGGCUAAAAGUAUCAUAGCAUUGUACUAUCUAUCUAGUCUUCCGCUCGGGAUGCCUGAUGUGUGGUUAUUAUGGAAGGUGAUCCUCAUCCUGGGGCAAGAAAGGGCCGGAUGUCAUUCCAAAAUUUUAACCCUGUUAUUGAUAGAAAUGGGUUUAAGUCGAGAUGCUCCUGAGAAUUCAUCAAAUUUUAACAACACAAGCACAUACAGGAGAUUACAAGAGGAAACAAGAAGCCACUGUUUCUGAUGUCCAUUUUCCGAACAAAACACAUAAAAAUGUGCAUGUUUAUGAGGGGCCAUUUUCCAGUGGCAACAACAAGUACGAGAAGCAACGAAAGUGUGAAAACUUGGAUUUGAGUGUUCUUAGGCCACCAAAGCAUCAAAAUAAAAAAGGCUAAUUCUAUUUGUUCUUGGGAAGUUUUCCCUUGACAUGCUUCUUUAUUAACCAAUUAUCAGUGCUAGACUGCUAGUGUGUUGGUAGUGCUAUAACUCUAAAACAUGUGGUGUCGUGUUGACUGUCCUCUUUUUGCUAUUUUUCCUUCACUUCAUUUGUCUUUUUCUUUUUUUGAAGCUUGAUGCUCUGCAUGCAACUUCUUCUAACCAUCAUCAGUUAUGGGGUCAUACCUUACAUCAAGGAUCAUAUUCAUAAUAUGAUUUCUUGACCGAUUAUGAUUUAUUUGGUACCAUGGUUGCUUCUGAUCUACU